AUGACCCACAACUUUAUGUGCACCGAUACAGGUAGAGUCGUCCCCGUUGAUCCCGAAACGGGACACCUGCUGCUCAAGGGACUUCGUAAACGAGGCUGGAUCGACGACAUUCUUGGCCAUUCGCACAAGACCGAGCACGGUCGCUGCAAGAAUUCUACGUGGGUGCUGCCUCAGGGCUGGACGCAACCGAUCCCCGUGACGCAGUUCCUGGCCCAGUAUCCUUGGAUGACGGUCGACGAACGCGGGCAGAUUCGACUGCGCGACGACUUCCGUGCUUGGGUGGACCAGCAAGCUGCGGCUAGAGCUGCCAACCCAGCUCAAGCAGCAACGGGUGGUGGUGGAAGCGACUAUGGCGUUGGAGCGGUUCCGGAUGGAGGAGCAGGCUAUAUCCCUCCUUCGGCGAUGCAGGUGGUUGCAGGCACGGGUACCACCUCUGCCUUUGGCCAAAACGCGUUCGGCAAUGGUGUGACAGCGGGAUCUGCUGCGCACGUCUGA